UUAGUGGUCUCCAGAGGGGCUUCAGGCUUCAAAGGAGAUUUAUUGAAUUCUUUCUGCAGAGCCUCUGAAUUCGAGCAGCUCUUUGUGCCUUCUUUAGGGACCAAAAAAACACAUAUAAACGCUAAAAUCCUCCCCUUGAAAGGUACUGAGGAGCUGCUAAUUCAAAAAAAACAAAAAAAGAAAAUUUAAAAUGUCUUCGGGGGAUUCUGAGAGAAAGAAGAGAGUGGCCGCCAUUGCGGUCUGUUCUUUCCUCCUGGUUGCCAUGGUGGUUGCCGUGACUGUUGGAGUCAGCCUCAACAACGAAGAUGGCGACGAUGCCACCAGCAGUGGCAGCAAACACUCUCAGAUAUCUUCCUCAGUGAAAGCUAUCAAGGAUAUUUGCGCCCCUACAGACUAUAAGAAGACGUGCGAGGAGAACCUUCGUAAGGAGGCUGAUGGGACCACCGACACCAAGGAACUCAUUCAGGCGGCGUUCAAGGUGGCCAUAAAGUUCGUUGAACAAGCUGCCAAGAACUCCACCACGUUGCAGGAGCUUGAGAAGGACAACAUGACCCGUCAGGCUCUUGGAGUUUGCAAGCAAUUGAUGAACUUUUCCAUGAACGAGCUAGAGAAAUCCAUUAAAUCCAUUGGAAAGUUUGAUUUUUCUAAGGCGGAGAAAAUGCUGAUGGAUUUAAAGACUUGGCUCAGUGCUACCAUUGCCAAUCAAUACACUUGCUUAGAUGGCUUCCACAACACGACAACCGGUGCUGGAGAGAAGAUGAAGAAGGCGUUGAAGACUGCCAUUGAGCUGUCUAAAAAUGGACUUGCUAUUAUUAGUGACAUGUCCACAAUGAUUGCCAAUUUGCAGAUAGAUGAAGGUGCCCAUCGCCGCCUUCUUGGUACAGAUCUUCCAGUGAUGGGCCACUCCGGUGAAAAUUUCUUUGCCAACUGGUUCGAGAAACCCCAAUUUCGGAGACUUUUGGGUAACGGUCGCCAUAGAGUAACCCACGUUAAACCCAACGUUGUCGUGGCCAAGGAUGGAAGUGGGAAGUACACCACCAUCAAUGAAGCGUUGAAAGAUAUCCCCAAGAAUAAUGCCAAGACCUUCGUCAUCUAUGUCAAGGAGGGAAUUUAUGAGGAGCGCAUUAUCUUUGAUUACGGUAUGAACCAUGUGGUUUUGAUCGGAGACGGUGCCUAUAAAACACGUAUUAGAGGACAUCUGAAUGUUGCUGACGGUACCAACACCUUCAACACUGCUCCGGUUGCUGUUUAUGCUGAUUAUUUCUUUGCCAAGAACAUUGGCUUUGAGAACUAUGCAGGAGCGAUCAAAUAUCAGGCCGUGGCAUUGCUGGUAUUGUCUGAUUUCUCUAUUUUCUAUAACUGCACAAUAGAUGGUUACCAAGACACACUCUACGUGCAUAGCAAGCGUCAGUUCUACCGUGAUUGCAUCAUCACUGGAACAAUCGAUUUUGUCUUUGGUGACGCCGCUGCAGUCUUCCAAAACUGCAAAUUCUUGCUCCGUAAACCACUAGACAAACAGCAAAACAUCGUGGCCGCCCAUAAUAAGCAAGAGGAACGUGAAAACACUGGCCUCGUCUUCCAGAACUGCUCCAUCGAAGCCCAUCCCGAGUACGUUCCCUUCAAGACCAAGAUGCCAUCGUACCUCGCCCGUCCAUGGGCUGCCUACGCCAAAACCAUCAUCAUGGAGUCUUACAUUGACGAUAGCAUCGUGCCAGAAGGAUGGGCUCCAUGGAACGGCACCUUCGGUAUGAACACUUGCUACUUCUCAGAGUACAACAACUACGGUCCUGGAGCCAACACCGCCCACCGUGCCGCCUGGCAGGGAGUCAAGACCAUUACACCGGAACAAGCUCUUGAAUAUUGUCCUUCGAGGUUCAUCUUGGGCGACACGUGGGUUACAAGCAUGCAUGUGCCUUACAAUCCCGGUGUCUUUGGGAAGAAGGUUAAGGCGUCAUUGCCACCGGCAGCCAGUUCUCGGGCUUGAUAUAGGAAGCUAGUUGUGAGUAAUUAUUCCCACCGGAUGGCCUUGAAGAGAAACUCAACUUUAGAUGAUCAUUUCUUUUGUACUCGUUCCAUUUUCUCCGGUUGUGUAUAAAAAAAAAAAAUGCUUAUAAUCCACUGAAUUAUGAGAUUACAUGGACCUUUUUUUUUGUAAUAUCAUUAUCUUUUGUAAAAACGCCAAAAGUUUUGGUCUUUAAUGUUCUAGUGGAAAUGGUCAUUAGCCAUUAUUGUUAAUUUCUGUUAAAUUAAGUACUCCAAUAACA